CGGCCUCGGCGCACUUUGGAAAAAAGUGGGUGUCGUUGUUGUGUGUCGGCAUGGAGGAGAGGCGCCUGUCCGACCAGAUGACAGCUGAGGCCACGGAGACAGGGUCGUGUCACCACUGUUAGUUUGAUUUCAUUCUCCCACCGUCAACUCUCCUUCUUCUUCGUCUUCUUUCUUCUUCUUCGCGGCGACAUGAAGCCGAUGUUCCCCGGGGGGACGGUGAGUCUGUGCGGGGAGGUGUAGCCGCUGGAAGAGUUGUGUCGAGGAGGAGGAAAACCACCACAUCACCGGGCUGCAGAAGUUCUGACUUCUGGAUUUUAACGACCCGACCACACGUUUUUUCCCCCAGGACCUUCAAUCACUUUACAGGUUAUGAGUGAUGGAAGCAGGAUCGGUGGUGCGUGCCGUGUUUGAGUUUCUCCCCAGUGUCUCUGAGGAGCUGCCACUCUUUCCGGGUGAUGUCAUCGAAGUGCUCAGUGUGGUGGACGAGUUCUGGUUGCUUGGCAACAAAGAUGGUGUCACAGGUCAGUUCCCCAGCACCUUUGUGGAAGAGGUUACCAUUCCCAGCACCAAGCCUGGAGACCUUCUCUACGUAUGCAUCAACGAUUUCAGCUCAGCCGAGCCGGGCAACCUGUCUCUGAAGAGAGGUGAUGUGGUGGUCCGAGAGGCAGGAGGGCCCACGGACCUUGGCGAAACAUGGCAACGUGGUUGUAAUGCCUGGGGCGUCCGUGGUCUCUACCCCACAUCGUGUGUGAAGGAGCUGAACCUCUCAGGACGCUCCAGGCAGCUGUCUGAGCGCUCAGCUCAGGCCCAGGCUUCAGAGCUCCCACCUUAUGCCCUUGGCCAGGCCCAUGCCCUCAUGAGCCUCCACGCACAGCUCAAUGAGGAGCUGGACUUCCGAGAGGGGGACUUGAUCAUCAUCACGGGCCUGCCUGAGCCGGGGUGGUUCCAGGGGGAGCUAGAGGGUCGCCGGGGAGUCUUCCCAGAGGGGUUUGUGGAGCUCCUUGGUCCCCUUCGAUCUCCACAGGAGCCCGUGGACUGCCAGUAUAUGAGCGAUGACCCUCAACAAUUCAGCUACGAGGACCCUUAUGAUGCCGGAGAGGGUACUGAGGAGUGUGUUGAGGAAGGAGAGGUUUUUCUCAGAGAGGAAGAGGAGCAGCGGGAGGAUGUAGUAGAAGGGGAGGAAGAGGAAGAGGAGGAGGAGGAGGAGGAGGAGGGCAGUAUCUAUGGAGUGGCACUGUACGAGUUCCGGGCCAUGGAGCCGGGUGAGUUAGACUUUGACGUGGGGGAUCGCAUUCGUGUUACAAGCACUUUGGAAGAUGGUUGGCUGGAGGGGGAGUUGAGGGGCCAACGUGGUAUUUUCCCCCAUCGUUUUGUCAAACUAGAGGACGACGGCCAGAAAACUGCAGAGGAAACAAAUGAUGAGGAACCAAAAGAAGACAAGGAGAACAGCUGUGCUUCUGAAUACAGCUCAGAUCAUUUGUGUCCCAACGGGUCCAAGAAUGAUCCCGAAUGGAGGUCGUAUGAGGAUCACACAGUAUGGGACCUGGAUUACUUUGAGCAAACCGAAGAGCAGAGGUGGCAAAGUGAAAACAAAAACACCGGGGCUGAAACUAACAGCGGAGCGCAGAGAGAAGGGCGUAACAGGCCUGACUCGCAGCCACGUAGACCUGUCGCCCCGGUACAAAGAGGGUCUGAGGGACUCAGAUCCACUCCUCCAGCAAGGCCCAGACUCCCACCUCGGCCUAGCCUGCCCGCACGCAGCCACAGGCACCACAGGCCAUCUUCUGGCACAAAUCGGUCUAACUAUACCAAUGGUAACACUCGACUGUUACAGCCCAAAAGAACUCAUAGUCUCACCCUGCCUAGCACUCCGUCGGGUUGGUCCAAAAACAGCAGAUACCACCAGAGGCCACCAGCGGAUGUCAGCAACACCACCAACAGAAGUGCCACUCUUGGCCAGGCAUUAAUAAACCUCGUUGAAGGCCAUAAACAGAAAAAGUUAACACGCCACGCUAGCGUAAGUGAUGCAGAUAUGACGAUGGGCAGUGCAGACACACGGACACGUUCCCAGCAGACAGCGCGGGGCUCCAACGGGAUAAUGCCAACAUCUCUCACCUUAGAUGCCCUGGCAACCUCAGCCGGUGACUUGGAGGCCAAGCUGUCCCAGCAGCUUUUUGAAUUUCAGAAAAGCUUGACACCUUCGUACAGUGACUCUUACAUGAGUUCAGGUGCAUCGGGGGACGUGUCAUCUGUGGGCGACCUGAGCCAACAAUCCCACAUGUCACGGCACUUUUCUAUUCUGGAGUAUAGCAAUGAAGGCGAUAUUAUCCGAGGCACCUCACAUUCCCCUGUGUCCGACCUCUUGCGGUCAAACUCAUCUUCCGCGCUGGACAGGCGCAGGACCCUCCGCCCUCCUCCUCCUCGUCCGAGAGUCCUUCGUCCCCCAGCGCCAGCUGCAUACAAACCAGCCCGCCCUGCUCCACGACCCCCUCCACGUUGCCCGAGACAGAAUACUGCUCCUCCAACCACCAACCCUCUCGCAAGCAACCCCAUCUUCUACACCCCGGACGAAGCAGCUGUCAACCUGCUCGACCAAAUAGCGCAAGAGGAGGCUGAGUUUGGUGACCUCGCGGCUGCCCAGGAACAUGAGAUCCAGAGCCAGCUGGAAGCGGAGAGAGAGCUGGAGAGGGAGAUGGAGUUGGAGAGUCGGCGACAGAGUGAAGAGGAGGAGAGAUACCAGCUGUUGCUACGGCUGCAAGAGGUGGAACACGACAUGGAGGCAUACGCGCACACAGCCGAGGAACUCCGGGCCAUGUUGGAGGAGGAGGAGGAGGAGACGGCCCGCAUGCAAGCCAUGGAGAAUCUGGAGUUCUGCAACUACACGCUGGAGACGCUGGCCCUGGAGCAGCAGCAGCUACAAGAGAUGACGCUCCUGUCGUCCCAACCCAAACCCGCGGACUGCACCCCGACCUCGGACUCCGCCCCCACCGCCGGCUCGGGCACCGAGGACCCGGAGCUGCGGAUGCUGGAGAAGAGGUCGAAGGUCAUCGAGGAGCUCCUGCAGACGGAGAAGGACUACAUCAAGGACCUGCAGAUGUGUGUCAAGGAAAUCAUCGAGCCGCUGCAGAAGAAGCAGGUGAAGAACGUGGACUUUGACGGGCUCUUUGGCAACAUCGGCUCUGUGAUCGACUUGUCACAGCGGCUGUCCGACACGCUGCACGAGACGGACUCUAUUGGUAAGGUAUUUCUGGACUUCAAGGUCGAGCUGGAGGAGGUGUACAAGAUCUACUGCCAGAACCACGACGAUGCCAUCUCCCUGCUCGAGAGCUACGAGAAAGACGAAAACAUCCAGCGCCACGUGCUGGAGUGUCUGGACAGACUGAGGGCCAUGUAUCGAGAGUGGGGUAAAACAAAUUACAUCAACCUGGGCUCCUUCCUCAUCAAGCCGGUGCAGCGGGUGAUGCGUUACCCGCUGCUGCUGAUGGAGCUGCUGGGGGCCACGCCGGAGAGCCACCACGACCGGCCCCAGCUGACUCGGGCCCUGCUGGCCGUCAAGGAGAUCAACGUAAACAUCAACGAGUUCAAGCGCAGGAAGGACCUUGUGGUGAAGUACAGGAAAGGGGACGAGGACACGUUCAUCGACAAGAUCUCCAAGCUGAGCAUGCACUCCAUCAUCAAAAAAUCCAACCGAGUCAGCAGCCACCUCAAGCACCUCACGGGGAUUUCACCCCAGAUCAAAGACGAAGCGUUUGACGAGGCAGAGAAGAAGUUCAGGUUGCAGGAGAGGCUCAUCAAGUCUUUUAUCAGGGACAUCUCCCUCUACCUGCAACACAUCAGGGAAUCCGCCUCCGUGAAGGUGUUGGCAGCCAUCAGUUUCUGUGACAUCUACACCGAGCGCAGUGCGCCGGACCCCGAGCGCUUCCAGAGAGCCCACCGCUGCAUCAGCGACAAACAGUUCACUCACUUUAAGGAGCGCACCGAGGCCCUAGUCAUCAACCCGCUCACCCAGCUCCUCCUCAUGUUCGCCGGGCCGCACAAGCUCAUCCAGAAGCGCUUCGACAAGCUUCUGGACUACGACAACUGCAAGGAGCGCGCGGACCGCCUCAAGGACCGCCGCGUCCAGGAGGAGCUGCAGGUGGCACGCAACAACUACGAGGCGCUCAACGCCCAGCUUCUCGACGAGCUGCCCAAGUUCCACGGUGCGGCCGAGGAGCUGUUCACGGGCUGCGUGAGGGCCUUCGCCCAUUCUCAGAAGGACUUCAUGAAGACGACGCUGGGAGAGCUGAAGCCCAUCCUACAGAUUUUCUCUAAAAAAGUGGGUACGGAGGGCAACCUCAUUGCCAAGUUCCAUGAAGAGCACGAUCGAGUUCUCCAGCUUCUGCAGAGCUUCAGCUUCUGCCCGGAGAACCUGCCUCCAGCCGCCGCCACCACCACCACCACCGCCGCCGCCGCCACCACCACAAAAAAGACCUUCGAGAAGAAGACUCUGGAGAAGCAGACAUCUAAAAAGCAACUGCAGGCGCCUCCAAACUACACCAUGCAGACAGAGGAGCACCGCGCAGGACUUCUGGUUCGCUACGGUCCUGAGAAACUCUUCCAGGCUGAGAGAAACUUCAAUGCUGCCCAGGACCUGGAUGUCUCUAUAAUGGAGGGAGACCUCGUGGGUGUAAUCAAGCCGCAGGACCCCAUGGGCAGCAACAACCGCUGGCUAAUUGAUAAUGGAGUCGCCAAAGGUUUCGUGUACAGUUCCUUCCUCAAACCUUACAACCCACGCAGAAGCCAGUCGGACGUGUCCAUCGAGAGCCAGUCGUCCAACGAGUCGGGCUACGGCGGCUCCUCUCCCGUGUUCUCGCGCCAGAACAGCAACAGCACGCUGACCUUUCACCAGGACACGGCCACCGUCAACUUUUCCUUAUCCCAGUCGCAGAGCCAUCCGUCGCCGCAGCCGUCGCUGGACUCGGCCUCCUCUCGUAGGAGCCAUCCCAGGGAUGCGCCCAACCCCGACUCCGCCAGUCAAAGCAACUCCGUAAACUCCUCGCCCCGAAAUCCCUCGAACCGGAGGGAAUUUUCGGACCAAGCGUGCAGAAACUCCCACAGUCAAAGAGACGCAGAGCCCUCGUACCGGCACGCGGCCAAUCACAGGGACUCGUACGACACGAGCUACGCGAGUUCGAGCAGCCACAAGGAGACGUCGGACCUCUCGGAGACAGAGUCGUCUUCUUCCCACAGGAACAAUCACUCGCAGCGGUACGGGCACACUGACAAAGCCUACAGUUCACACCAGUGGAGGAAUGGAGACAAUGGUGGCCAGAAGAAGUCCUCUUACUCCAGAGAUGAGUACAUCGAGCCGGAGCCGGAGCCGGAGCCGGAACCAGAGCAUGAGAGUGAAUUGGAUGGUCAUCAGAUUUACUACGCCCUCUACUCAUUCAGUGCCCGUUGUGCCAACGAACUGACCAUCUCGGCCAAUCAGCGGCUGCGGAUACUGGAGUUCAAGGACAUGAAUGGCAACGGCGAAUGGUGGCUGGGAGAGGCAGGGGGCCGACGAGGCUACGUGCCUUCCAACUACAUCCGCAAAUCGGAAUACACAUGAACGCGUUUUCGACGAUGCCGGUGACAGCACUUCGACCGUAAAGGGGGCUUCACUCCGCGAGCAGACGGAACAAGGAAGACAAACAAGCAUGUUUGCGCAGUGACUUUUUUUUUUUGUCAUGGAGUUUGAUAGUGAGAAGGACUGACUUGCUGCUGACUCUGCUUCUGAAAGUUAGCAUUAUAUGCCUAUAUUUAUAGACUUUUUUAAAAAUGUUUUUUAAAAUUUACUGGAAACUGCCCCCCCCCCGGUUUUCCAGUGAAAACCCUGUGAAUUGCCAUAUACUCUGGAGCUGAAGACAAUGAAUUGUACAUUUGACAGCGAGCGGUCGUUAAGGUUUGCAUAUUUGGGAGAUUGCAAUGGAAAUGUGAAGGUUUUGGGUUCAGACAUCAAUCAUGAAGUGACAUGCACACAGACUGACCUAAACACUGUGUUAGUGACUUUUUUCUUUUCCUUCAUGUGGUUAAUUACAUCACUAGAAUGACGCAAGAAUAUCUAUAACUAUUUCAACAAAGCGGAGGCACUUAAAUCAUGAUGAUAUCCACCGGUUGCCAGUUUGAAGUGUCUGUGGAGCCACCAACAAGACAUUUGGAGUGUUUGUAUGAAAUUACUUUUGACUAAUUUCAAUUAAGACCAAGGACAAAGUUGAAUGGCGUAUGAAAUACUGUUUACAAGAUCUCACAAUACGUUUUUUCCCACCGGGCUGCCACUGUGUCAAAAAAGGCGAUGACCCAUUUGACCUGUUAAAGGAGGUUAGAGAACAGGGAGAAAGAGAGUCCUCACCCAUGUACAUUAUAUAUAGUGCUGUACAGUGAAACUAUGAUAUUGCACCCACUGUAAAGUUAGACUGUUUGAAUAAAAAAAGCAGCUCAUCUGAAAAAUA